AUGGAAAAAUUCUCAACUUGGAGAGACGCUAGUAGUGGCAUUCAACCGUUCUUACCACCGACUCCUUCACGUAAAGAUUCGGAUACAGUUACAAAAAUUAUCAUUUUAUUUGAGUAUAUAUUAAAAGCUAUUCUCGGAAUUCUCAAAUUGUUAUUAGUCCUAGCUGCCACCAUAUUAUUAUUUAUCAUAGUUGAUAUCGUAGGAUUUACUCUGACACCUAUAAAACCUGUUCAUAGAAUAUUUCAUUAUCUGUUCACCUCAAUUUUGACGCGUUUAAUAUUAUUUUUUAUGGGAUUUUAUUGGAUCCACUCUGAAGCUGUUUCAUCUUUAACAAAGGGCCGAGGAGCUCCUAAAACACGUGAGCGUACAAAGAAGGGUGGAGUCGAUACAGGUGAUGUGAUUGUUUGCAAUUGGACAUCAUAUGUGGAAAUAUUUUAUCUAGCAUUCAGGUUUGAUCCUAUUUUUACACAAUAUUAUCCUGCUACUAAUACUUUACGACCAAUAUCUUUAUGGAAAGCAAUUUGGACAACUGGAUCAUACCCAAAUCUUGGUCCUCCUAUUGGAAUUGAAACAUUUACACUUCAAGAAUUGGUUAAUUAUGCUAAAACAAAUCAAUCAAAACCAAUCGUCAUAUUUCCUGAGGGAACCACAUCUAACGGUAGAGCUUUGUUGAAGUUCAAUCCUAUCUUUAAGGAUAUAUCGAUACCUGUUAAAAAUUUUAAAAUUCAUAUUUUUACAGUAAGAUAUGAAUUCGAAAAUUUUUCGCCGACGUUUACAGUUGGAAAUAAAUUUUGGCACUUUAUUAAACUAUGUUGUCAGUUCAUCAAUAUACUUCAAGUAAGAUCUCUUAUAUCCGAUGAAUCAUCAUUCUCUCGUUAUUCUGCACCAACUGCACAAUCUUCAGCAGUACCUGAAGAUAUUAUAGGUUCACAAGUACUAGAUUAUAUGUCACAAGUUGGUAGAUUGCGUAAAACGGGUUUGGGUAUGGUGGAAAAGAAAGGAUUCUUAGACUUUUAUAAAAAAAGAGCUAGCGGAUACGCAAAAAAGAAUAGGUAG